AUGCAUGUCCAGGAACUGCUCUUCGUGGCCGCGAUCCUAAUGCCCCAAUGCCUGCGGGCAUUGCGCUACAGCCAGGGAACCGGCGACGAGAACUGCGAGACUCUCAAGUCGGAGAUCCACUUGAUCAAGGAGGAGUUCGACGAGCUGGGCAGGAUGCAGAGGACCUGCAACGCCGACGUCAUCGUCAACAAAUGCGAGGGACUGUGCAACAGCCAGGUGCAGCCAUCGGUGAUAACGCCCACGGGGUUUCUGAAAGAGUGCUACUGCUGCCGCGAAAGCUUCCUCAAGGAAAAGGUCAUCACCCUAACCCACUGCUACGACCCGGACGGAACCCGCUUGACCUCUCCGGAAAUGGGCAGCAUGGACAUUCGUCUCCGGGAGCCCACCGAGUGCAAGUGCUUCAAGUGUGGCGACUUUACACGUUAA